AUGUGUAUCAUAUUAAAGAUCCGUGUCACCAAUCUGUUUGCCCAAACAAACAAGCUUGUGGCUGAUACUGGUGCGAAGCUCAAAGUCCAGAUCCUGGAUAUCAAGUCCAGCACCAUCGGACACGGACGUGGAAGAAGUAGAUUCGCCAGACUGGCUGCCACCAGUUGUGGUGCCAACAUACAGUCGCAGAUACCCGACAAGUGA